AUGAUCGCGGCAACAUUUGUGUUUAUUUUGACCGUGACCACAAUAACAUGCCAUUAUGAUAAUAAGUCGGGUUAUGUGAAAUUAAAUGUAACGAAAUUAUGCAUCGAAUAUCCGGGGUCAAUUUGGUGUCCGUGGUUUUUGGAGCAGUCGAACGAAGUAGAUUGUCAUUGUGCCACUGAAUUGCCAUCCGGAACGACAACCGUUACCGGUAGUUCGGCGGUAUCGAGUGAAAUCGUGGACGCCGGUUCGUCCGAUGCCAGUAGCGGUACGAUCCAAAAAGAAGCGCCAGAAUCGCUUUUUAAAGCAGUAAUAACAACACCGUCCGUUGUUCCUGAAACGUCUUUUGGUGAGAUUUUACCGAACCAAUCCGCGGAAAAUACAUUAAUCGGAUCCAAACCGAUAACGGUUGAUCAAUGUGAUAGACUCAUCGCGGAUGAAAAAAAAUUACUUAGGUCGUUUAUCAGGCAAUUGAUAAAAAAAUCGCUAAAAUCGUUUAUGGCGUCGCUAACGUCAACCGAUACAUUUAGAAAAUACACGGAAAAAAAAAAUCCUUUUACAGAACAUUCACCGACGCUCGACAGCAGGGGACAAUCAAUUAAACCAAGACGAUGGGGAAAUCGCCGUCUGGAUAAACUCAAUCUUUUCCCGACAAUCGUCGGAGACACCGAUCUCAUAAUAUUAUAG